UGGAAGUUUAUGAAAUGAUAUGACAAAUUCUCUCUUUCUGCAAUUUCCUUUACUUUCCUUCUAUUUUAGUACUCUCUGGUUCCAGUACCAUAAUAACUUAUUAGUUUGGGGUCUGCUUGUUCAGAGGCUGUAGAAAACAUAAUGGGUAGACCUCUAGUGUUCUUCAAACCUUUUGGCAGUGGCGUGUUGCUUUCGGUGGAUUCAAAAUUCAGCUAUGGGUAACCAAGAUUUGAAUUCGAACAUUGGAGCUGUGGAUUUGGGAUUGAAGGCAAAAAUGAGGUCAACAUAGCUUGUUUUCAUCCUUCUGUCCGAGAUGGCCUUAUUUAUGGAACUAAGGUUGACGCAAAUUUCAAAAGAGGCAGAGGAGACCACAAUAGUGAUCCAUUUGAGGCUACAUCACCGAAUUUCGUCACAAACCUACAAUCUCGAUGCGAAUCUCUGCCUUUCUUUGUCUCUAUCAGAGCAUAUUGGCACUCAAAUUGUUGCUCGUAUUUUGGUUAAGGCACUGAUGGCAAUGCCUGCUCCCGAUUUCAACCUUUGUCUCUUCCUAAUUCCAGAAAGAGUGGUAUUGUUCUUUUAUUCUCUACCAAUUUACAAUUUAAUUGUUUCCAUGAACAAUUGAAUAGUGCACUGGUUGUUUGUAAUCUUUCCCAAAAUCUCAACUUGUUCUUAGUUUGGUUUUUCAAAAAGAGAGAAUCUUUUUUGCUUGGUUUUUUUUGGUUUGAAAAGUUUGUAUUGUUUCUUGGUGGUUUAUAGCUGGUUGUUUCAUCAUGUUUGUUGAUUCGUCCAUGGCUGAGAUUUGUUCUUCUUACACAACUUAUGGGGGUUUGUACUAUUGCAGUGCAAUGAUUGCUAGCCCAAAAUGGGCACCCUUUGCUUCUUGGCUCACUAGCUGGUAAUUAUAUCUUUGCUUUGUCUCAACUGAAUCAUCUCUUGGUAAUCUAAAGUCUUUCACUUUAGGGAUCUGCACUGGUUGACUUACUGAGCUUCACAGCUCUUGUGCUAAAGUUUUUAGUACAUGCACUGUGUUUGAACAUUCUUCUCAAUUAUGACUUCUUCUUUGUUUGUUACUUGGUCUAGAGUUUGAUUGAUGUGUAGUUCAACUCUCUCGAUUUCUUUUUUGGACAAUGUGUAGUUCUUUCGAUUAGGUGGAUUUGGUGCUCACCAUUUUUGUUCAAGUUGCUAAUCUCUUGUUCAAGAAGCAUCUAACAAUUGUCACACACUUGAAGCUGCCAGGAAGAUUCAGUCAAUUUGUGGUGGGAUUUCUCUUUUGCAAUUGAUUAUGGUAUUUUAUUUUCUUCUCUUGGUGAAUUUUAACUCAUUAGUGGGAUGUUGAUUUGAUUAAAAUAAGGUCUGUUUCUUCGAGUAGUAUGUGCUUGUGCAUACAUAUAUAUAUGUGUGUGUGUGUGUGUGUGUGUGUGUUAUAUAUUUAUGAGACCAGCACUAUAUAUUUUUGGGUCUCAUUCUCCAGCAAGAUAUUCUUGUAGAUAUCUGGAGUGUGUGUGUGUGUGUGUGUGUAUUUGAUAACUCGUAAUAAAUAGUGCUAGCGACGUCGUUGCAUACUAAAAUAGUUUACCCUUUGUUUAACUCUAUUUGUAACCUUUUCUCAUGUGUAAUGCACAUAUGAAUGUCAGAGAAGUUAUUUAUUAAAGCAGAGCAAAUAUUGCUGUAGAACUGCCGAUAAGCACACAGAUUACAUGUAUGGUGUCGCCAAGGUUCUUGGAAUAGAUGCGAGUGACAAUAUAUGGGAUUAUAUGCUCAUGAACUUGAUGUUUAAUUUAUUUCCAUGAUUUCGAUGAACGGAUAAGUUUGAUAUUA